AUGGUUCUAGAGGCCACCAAAAAUUUUAGCACUUUGACACUUGAUGAUUUAGAAGGUGAAUUGGUGACAUACGAGAUGUCCAUUAAUCAACAGAAGACAGAAAUAAUUGAUGAAGUGUUGCAAGCAAAGGUGACUCAACCUAACCGAAAAGAAGAGAUAUCAAACUUGGCUAAGACAAAUCAAAGAGGUCAGAAUUUCAGAGAUAGAGGACAAGAGAAUAGAGGUAACUUUCGAGGCCAUGGUAUAGGUGAUUUUUCUUAUCAACAGAGAAAUAAUAAUAAUUUCAGCAAGGAACAACAAAGUAAUCAAAAUUUCCAGAGACAUGAUAAAUCAACAGUUCAGUGUCAUAAUUGUGGAAAAUGUGGGCAUUAUGAAAGAGAUUGUUGGUUUAAUAAAUUUGAAACUACAGAAGCACAUGCAAAGUUGGCUGAAAAUUAUGGAGAUAAACAAGAGACUUUAUUAUUUUGUAUCUUAGGAAUUGAAGAAAAUAAAGGGAUUGAAUGGUUCAUUGAAUCUAAUUGUAGCAAUCAUAUGUCUGAAAAUAAAAAAUUAUUUAUCGAUUUAGAUGAAUCAUUUAGAGCUACCAUAAGACUUGGUGAUCUAGAAAAUAUUUUUUUGAUAAAUGAGAUGUAUCUUAAUCAACAAACGGAUAAGGUAUUGCAAAGAAAGGAUAAUCAAUCGAAACAAAAAGAAGAGUCAUUGGAUCUGACAAAAAUAAAUGAAGAAGACGAAAGAAAGGAUGAUCAAUCAAAAGAAAAAGUAGCAUCAUCGAAUCUGACUUAUGAAGAAGAUCAGAAUUUAAAAAUUGUGGAGAAAAGAAGUGAAGUUAAAGAUAAUUUUUACUGUGGUAUAAAUAUUCUUGAUUGCAAAAAGACUCCAACAAUGGUCAAUCUAAUAAGCCAAUAA